CGCCUCCAUUGAAGCAAUACACACAAUAUUUUUUUAAUUUAUUAUUUUAGUGGAGUAUGAAAUUGUGGAGAAAUAAUAAUAAUUUAAUAUUUUCUUAAGAAAAUAUAUCUUUUUUCUAACACAUACUAUCACAGGUGGCCCCACCUCCACUCCAUUGUCUCUCUAUAUAUACCAUCCCACAGAGAGCUCUCAAUCUCACUUCUCAUCCUCUUCUACUCUCCCUUUCUCUCAAUCUCAUUACUUCAUAUCUAUAUAUUUUAUUAAUUAUCAAAUAGUUAUUUUAUUGUUCUUUUUUGUGAAAAAUAUUAUUUAAAACCCCGAAAUUAGCCGAUCAUCAAUCAUGUUGUCUAGGGACGCUCUCCGUACUGUUGUCGGUAUCAUCGGUAACGUGAUUUCGUUCAUCUUGUUCUUAUCACCCAUGCCAACAUUUGUGACGAUAUGCAAGAAGAAAUCGGUGGAGCAGUUCUCGGCCGUGCCGUACCUGGCGACGUUCAUAAACUGCGCUCUGUGGGUGCUCUACGGGCUUCCGAUGGUGCACCCGCACAGCCAGCUGGUGGUGACCACCAACGGUAUCGGUCUCGCCAUCGAGACCGUCUACCUCCUCCUCUUCCUCAUCUUCUCCGACUCGAAGAAACGCCUCCGCCUAUUCCUCAUCAUCGUCGCCGAGAUCGUGUUUGUCGGCGUCCUUGCCGCCCUCGUCCUCACUCUCGCCCAUAACUGGAAGCUCCGGUCAGCCAUUGUUGGUAGCAUUUGCAUGGCUGGAAAUAUCAUGAUGUACGCCUCUCCAUUAGCUGUCAUGAAACUGGUGAUCACCACAAAGAGCGUGGAGUACAUGCCAUUUUUCCUCUCUUUGUUUUCCUUUGCCAAUGCCAUUUGCUGGACUACUUAUUCCUUCAUUCGGAUUGACCCCUAUAUUCUGGCACCAAACGGAAUGGGCGGUAUACUUGGGCUGGCCCAACUGAUACUAUACGCGAUGUUCUACAAAUCAACCCAGAAGAUACUCGCAGCGAAACAGGCCGGAGAUAUCGGGCUGACCGGAAAGGGGGGAGAGACCAAAGCAGCCCAACUUGAGCCUUGAAAUGGAAUAAGAAGUGAAGAAUGGGUUUAGAUUUUGCAAUGUUUGCCCUAAAGUUUAUGUGUGUUUGUUUUCAACCCCCACCCCCUAAUUAUGAUUGGAAGUAGGUAAAUGUAACUUUAAAAAAAAACAUGAAAAGACAAAUUCUGGGCAGGGUAAGGAACUUGCCUGUUGCUUUCGAUCUCCCAUUAAUUUCUUCUUCUCCCAUUAAUACUCCACAAAUCAAUCAAGUCGAGCAG